GGCAUUCUUACACUGAAUGAACCGGUGUGCUGCAUCAAAAGUUGAUAAAAAUGUAACAGAAGAAACAGUGAAGAUGCUGUUCUCAAACAUUGAAGAUAUCCUUGCUGUACCUAAAGAAUUUUUAAAAGUCGUGGAAGAAUGCCUGCAUCCAGAACCUAACACGCAACAUGAAGUGGGAACCCACUUUCUUCACUUUAAAGACAAGAUUUGUAUCUAUGAUGAAUAUUGUAGUAACCAUGAGAAGGCACAGAAAUUGCUUCUCGAUCUUAACAGAAUAAGAACAAUCUACACAUUACUUUUG